UUUGAUUAAUUACGAUGUUUUAGUAAUAACUUGUCAAUCAUCUACCUUAUUUGAUGGCUUUAGACAAAUCAAAGGAUCUUGAAUCCAUUGGUUAUUAUCUUUCUGAACAUCUGAAAGUGGCAGGAGGAUAUUGGACAAUAAAUGCAAUUGCUUGUCUAAACAAAUUAGAUGAGAUCAGUCAGGAGAAGAAGCAACAAUUAUCAAAAUGGCUUAAGGAGUGUUAGAAUUAAGAUGGCGGUUUUGGUGGCAAUACUAAUCAUGAUUCUCAUAUAACAAAUACACAUUACGCCAUUUUACUCAGUUUUUUAUUGAAUUGUGAAUUGGACUAUGAGGCGGCAGCCAAAUACGUAGCAGCAAGAUAGAGAAAGGAUGGAUCAUUCGAAGGAGAUCAAGUAAGUAGAUCUUAAACAAUAUGAUAGUGGGGAGAAGUGGAUGCAAGAUUCUCAUAUUGUGGGUUGUCAUCCUUAACAUUAUUAAACAAAAGAGAUCUGAUAGAUGUAAAGAAGGCAGCUAAUUACAUUAAGAAAUGUAGAAAUUUUGAUGGAUCAUUUGGGGGAAUGUAUUUAAAUUAAAUUAUAUCAAUUAGCCCAGAUGCAGAAUCUCAUGGAGCCUAUGUUUUUUGUUGUGUUGGAACUCUGUAUUUAUGUGAGGAUUUGUCUUUUAAUAUCGAUGAGCUAUCAAUGUGGAUUCACGAGAGAUAAACUAGUAAAGGAGGGUAUAAUAAGUUCUUAAGUUGUAGAUUGAAUGGAAGACCAGAGAAAUUGGCAGAUGUGUGUUAUUCUUGGUGGAUGUACAGUGCAUUGUGUUUAUUGAAAAGAGAACAAUGGAUAAAUUAGUAAGCUUUAGAAAAUUACAUACUGGAGGUAUUGUUCUAAUGAUCUAAAAUCUAGUGUUAAGACAGUGAUGGGGGAAUUGCUGAUCGACCAAAUAAUUAAGCUGAUGUUUUUCAUACAUUCUUUGGAUUGGCAGCAUUGUCAUUGCUCAAUGGUGAUAAAUAUCAAUUGAAUCCUAUUGAUCCUGCAUUCGCACUUCCAAAAUCAAUACUCAAAAAUAUACCUGGAGCGAGUAGAUUUAUUUAACCUUGAAAAUUAUAUCAAAUUUAAUAAUAAU